CCGGAGACCCCGGCGUCCCUCUGCCAGCAGCGAGCGGUGCGCGUUUGGCAACAAAAGACUCAUUUCUAAACAGGUUGGGACGUUUUGUCGACGACGGUAUUUUUUGGCACGUUAUCACAGGCGACAGUUGGCAGUCAUGACACCGCUGCUGCUGUCCGUUGGAGGAAGAGGAAGAGGAAGGAGAUGAUGAUGAUGAUGACGUUCAGUUAGCUGGCUGCCUGCCUGGCGGACGGACGGGCGGACAACCAGAGCAGGAUCCGGGACGACGAGAGGCGAAGAUGCCGCGGAGGAAACAAUCCAACCCCCAGCCCGUGAAAUUGGAGUCGGAGGACGGGGCGGUGCUCUACGACUCGAGCUGUUUGGUUCUGGAGAGCGACUUCCUGUUGAGCGGCGACCUGGAGUUUGGAGACUCUGAGAUCAUGGGGCUGGAUCGGGAGGGAAUGACGGUGUUCUCUCUGAGCGUAGACGACGACCCUUCGGCACCAACAGACUCCACCUUCCCAGCCUUCCUCUCCUGUAAAGCAUGUGGCCGACUGCUUGGGGACACGGCUCUGGGAGCAGGUCUAGAUCUGGGUGUGGGUCUGGACCUGGGGGCGGAGCUUUACUGCCUCACCUGUGAGGAAGGCCUCCAGCACGAAGCCUCGCCUCAGGCGGAGGGCUCGACGGAGGUCGACGGGGCCGGCUCCGACGGGAAGCCGAGAGACGACGGCCCUCCCAAAGCGUUCACCUGCUCGCUGUGCUCCUUCACCUCGCGCUACUCCAACCACCUGAAGCGCCACAUGAGGACCCACGACGGCCACAAGCCGUACCGCUGCCCCGUCUGCCCCUACGCCUCGGCGCAGCUCGUCAACCUGCAGCGCCACGGCCGCACCCACACCGGGGAGAAACCCUACCGCUGCCCCCUGUGCAGCUACGCCUGCAGCUCCCUCGGGAACCUGCGGAGGCACCAGCGCAUGCACACGCAGGAGAGGCCACAGAGGAGGGAGAAGGAGAAGAGACGGGGGAGGAGGAAAAGAGGAAACGCUGCAAGUGAAGAAGUCGUGUCAGACCUGACCCUGCGGGUGUCUCAGGACACGGGUUACUUCCAGACGUUGGACGGCCUCUCUCUCGGCUCUCCCUCCGCCCCGCUGCCCGUCCUCCUCUUCCCCCUCUGCUGCCGGAUGUGCGGCCUCACCCUGGAGGAGGACGACCUGGAGGGGGACAAGGGGGACGGGGAUGGAGACGCAGGACAGGUGUGUCGUCGGUGCCAGCUGGACCUUCCGUCUAAAGAUGUCUCCGGGUCUCCGCUCAGCCCGGCCGUCUCUCGGGGCUCCCGGCGGGCUCAGCGCGGCACCAAGCUGUACCGCUGCCCUCGCUGCCCCUUCCUGUCCCACUACCCCAACCACCUGGCCCGCCACGCCCACACCCACUCCGAGGAGAAACCCCACUGCUGCCCGCACUGCCCCUACACCUCCUCGCACCUCGACAACCUCAAGCGCCACCUGCGCGUGCACACGGGCGAGAAGCCCUACCAGUGCCCGUCGUGCAGCUACGCCUGCGGGAACCUCGCCAACCUGCGGCGGCACGAGCGCAUCCACUCGGGCGCCAAGCCCUUCCACUGCGGCGUGUGCGGCUACUCCUGCAACCAGAGCAUGAACCUGAAGAGGCACAUGCUGCGGCACACGGGCGAGAAGCCGUACGCCUGUGCCGAGUGCGACUACACCACCGGCCACUGGGACAACUACAAGCGGCACCAGAGGAAGCACGGACACAACACGGACAGCUGGGACAAACACGCUCCCACCAACGGCCUCAGCUGGGCCAGAGACGCCCAGGAGGACCAGAGCCAGGAGCACAGUUAGAGUGUGUGUGUGUGCGUGUGCGUGUGCGUGCGUGUGCGUGUGCGUGUGCGUGUGUGUGUUUGUGUGUGUGU